GGCGCGGAGGGGGACAGGCCAGCGAGGGACGCUCCUGCCUCGUCGCCUCGCGCCUGCGCACUAGAAGCGCCUCGGCCCCGAGUCCUUCGGCUCGCCGUCCCUUCCCAGCAUGCCCUGAGCGGAGCCUGCGCGCCCGGCGGGAGUUCGGGGAGAUUCGUGGCGCUAUGGAGGCGGCUGCCGGCGCUUCGGAUGUGUUCGACGCCAUCGUGAUGGCCGAGGAGAGAUUUCACGGUGAAGGGUAUCAAGAAGGUUAUGCUGAAGGAAGUCAUGUUGGUGUUAUUGAGGGAAGGAGGUAUGGAGCACUACAUGGUGCCAAGAUUGGGUCCGAGAUUGGAUACUAUCUUGGGUUUGCAUUGACAUGGCAGCGUCUACUUCACAGAUCUGCAGAAGAAAAGCCCAGUAAAAAAAUAAAGGCCCUGGAAUCAUUAAUAGGAAUGAUUCAGAAAUACCCUUAUGAAGACCCCACUUAUGACAAACUUCAUGAAGAUUUGGAAAAAAUCAGAGGAAAAUUUAAACAGGUUUGCUCAUUGCUAAGUAUUCAAUCUGAAUUUAGAAUCAAUCCUGAAAGAUCUGCACUUACUUUUUGAGCAUAACAGAUGAAGAUAAACAUAUAUGAACAAAGAAGAAACGUUAAGGAACAGAUAUCUGGGGGACUGAUUAUAAUAAUAAUAAAGGCAGAUAAAGUCAGAAUAUAAACAGGUUUUUAUUUUACAAAAAGGAGGGUAGAAGAGUUAAGCAGUAGUGGAAAGGCACCCUUUAAUGUUUGCUGUGUCCCAGUUUUAUUUGUUCAUUGCAAAGUCAGUGUAUGUCCUGUUUAAAAAAUCAGUUGCUUCUACGAUGGUUUGUUUUAUGAUGUUUCUCCCUUGUUUAUUAUCCAAAGGAUGGAUAUUUCAAAACAUGUAUUGAUCACUACGAAAUUACACAAUAUGUAUAUUUACACAAAUAGGUAGAUAUUUUCCUUGUCUUGAGGAGCUUACAAUAAAGAGCUAUGUUAUUUUUGAUGGUGAAAGGAUGAAACAGAGGAUGGGAUAAGAGUGAAGAGGAGGUGUAUUACAGACAUGGUUCUCAAAACAGCUACAGCUCAAAACAGAAUAUUGCUGCUCUGUUGUUGAUUUUCUGUAUUAUUUCCAUGAGCUCUGACACCUGAUGUCUGAUCCAGUGCAGAAAAAAUAUACUGUCAGCUGAAAGUGCAGAAAAUAUUUAAAAGAAAGAAAGAAAAAAAAGAUUGAGAUCUACCGCUUAGAAUAACUAACUAACUAAUAACUAAUAUCUUUUACUGGGCCUCUUCACCCACUUUGUGUCUCUCACAUCAUGGGACCAAAAAUACUGCAAUAAUUGAGUGGUAAAUUGUUUCCAAGAUGGAAAAUGUAUUUUUCAGUUUCAUUCAGAAAAUGGAUGCUGGCAGAAUAUGUAAGUAAAUAUUCAACUAUGUUAGUUUAAGAGAAACAAAUUAUUUUGUUCAAAAGAUAUUCUGUAUUUUGGUGCUAGAAUAUUUAUGUAACUUUUCACAAAUAGAAUAUAAUGUGAUCACUUCUAGAAAGAAUUUCACUACAGUGUAGUGUAUGUAUAUCUGUGGAGCUGCUUCAUUUAUAAGUCAGUGAGCAACAUUCCUUUGUUCAUUUUUUAAUUAAUUUUUCUACAUACAACUGUACCAAAAUUCAUCAUAAUACACAAAGUAAAUAAAGAGGAUUACAACAUU